AAAGGGCUGUUCAAUUGAAAAAAGGUGCUAAACCCCGACGUCCUGUAGCGUGCAACUACCUUCAUUUUUGCUUACCGCUGUCGCAUACCAUUGUACGUUAUGAACUGCACGUGUUGAUUUUUAGGCCGUUCGGUGCUGGACCAUACUCUUACCCUUCGCGUUCGCGAUUGAAUCGGCCCGCUGCCGGAAACAAAGGACUGCCUUCUUGGGGGGCAUUUACAGCGAACCACACACGAAAGGCAUCAGAUAUGACGUCGUUGCCCCGCUUGGUGGCCUUCGACCUGGACGGGACGUUAUGGUGGCCAGAGAUGUACAUGCUGGACGGCGGCGCCCCCUUCCGCCGCGACAAGGCCAGCGGUGCGGUGUACGACAGCGCCAACCAGCGGAUAGAGCUGAUGGGGGACAGCGGUGCGGUGCUGGCGGAGCUGGCGGGAGACCCCAAGUGGGCGGAUACGGAGGUGGCGUACGUCAGUCGUACCGAGUACCCGGAGUGGGCCGUACCCUGCCUCAAGACCUUCCUGGUGGCCCCCGCUGAGGGGAAAAGCAAGGGGGACAGCAGGGGCGGGGGCGGGAGUCGGAGUGGGGGCCGCAGCAUGUACGACAUCUCCUCACACCAGGAGAUCUACCCCGGCAGCAAGCUCACGCACUUCCGCGCCAUCCACCAGCGCUCCGGCAUUCCCUACGAGGACAUGAUCUUCUUCGACAAUGAGCGCUGGAACAUCACCGAGUGCGCAAAGCUGGGCAUCACGUGCGUGUACACGCCGCGAGGUCUUACAAGACAAGAGUGGGAGAAGGGACUCGCCGACUUUGCUAGAGCCCGGAGUAGCUCCCCGUGAAGGAGGUCACCGGGGGGCGCAUCUAGUGAACGAACAAACCCGGAAGAGCUUCGAAAGCAAAUCAUUCUUUCCCCACACACUGUCUCGUCUGGUGUGAUUAGUCACCUUGUAAAGAGAGGAGUAAGGAGUGAGCCAACCGACAUGACGCACGCCGAGCUGUUGUAGUGGAGUCUGGAGGUGGCUGGAUUGCUCAUAUGUAUUUAGUUGAGCGGUUAGCAGAGCGUAGCAGGUGACCUGUCGCCAUAGCGGUUCAUUUUGCGGAAUGCCAAAUAACCUGAGGGCGAUUACAGGCAGGAGGGCGGCAGAGAAACCCGGCAACGCUGAAAGGAUGUCAGUAUGUGAACUGUGAUGCUGCAUUGUGAGCUUGUGGCGAUCAGGGGGUGAUUAUGCUAGGGCAGUUUCAUGUCCGGGGGGCAGCCCGGGAUGCGCGCACACGGCCGUUGGGGCUGCCUGCCACCUGCACGCGUGUUUAUGGGAUGCUGGGUGAUGGGUUGUC